AUGAACGACUUCCGCUAUCAUUUUCUCUUCACUACAUUCGAUCUCGAGACGUUUGAUCUGGAAGACUUUAAAUACAACUCCGUGAACAUAACCUCUUUCAGAAUAGUUGACGACCAAAACCACCGCGUGGUCAACAUCCUCCGAGAGAUGGAAAGAUUUCAAAGAGUUGGGCAAAACAUGUUGCACAAGAGUGGAAUCAUCAGGGCUGAACCUGCAUUGAUGUUCGACGCGGUCAACGUGUUCGCCCACAGCAUCGGAUCGCUGGACGGGUCGUCGAAUUUAAUACAGUCGUCAAACGUUUCGUGCAAGACGUCGGACCGUUGGGCGAACGGUACGUUUGUGUACGACCGACUCAACUCGGUGAGCAUCGAAGGCCUGACCGGCAAAGUUCACUUUGACGAAGGUAGGAGAUCGGACAUCAAGCUAGACUUGCUGAAACUACAUGAGGAACAAGUGAAAAAAGUCGGCUUUUGGACACCAUCAACCGGCAUCAACAUCACGAAACAUUCCGUAUUUUACGGACACCAGAGCUCCAACGUGACGCUGAUCGUGGUUACCAGAGUCGAAAAACCUUACGUGAUGAUCAAAGAGGACAAAAACCUAACGGGAAAUUCAAAAUACGAAGGAUUUUGUAUUGAUUUACUACACAGAAUAGCAUCUCAAGUUGGAUUUCACUACGCAAUCACAUUAGUGCCUGACAACAAGUAUGGAGCUUACGAUCCAACCACGAAGCAAUGGAAUGGUAUUGUCAGGGAACUCAUGGACAAGAAAGCAGACUUAGCGAUGGGUUCGAUGACUAUUAACUAUGCUCGUGAAAGCGUUGUUGACUUCACAAAGCCAUUUAUGAAUAUGGGAAUAGGCAUAUUAUUUAAGGUCCCGAGUAAUGAACCAUCCAAAUUGUUCGCUUUCUUAAAUCCCUUGGCGACCAGUGUCUGGAGUUUUAUGUUUCUCGCCUAUAUGGCUGUGAGUUUUUCGCUGUUUUUCCUGGCCAGAUUCUCCCCGUACGAAUGGCGUCCACACACUGAAGAAAAUUACCGAGAGGGUCGUUUCACAAUAUCGAAUUGCUUUUGGUUCGUUGCCGGUGUGUCAUUGAAACAAGAUGCAGGCAUCACUCCAAAGGCAACUUCUGCAAGAAUUUUAGGAGGUAUAUGGUGGUUCUUCACGAUCAUAAUAAUACCAUCUUACACCGCUAACUUGACGGCAUUGAGAACAGUUGAGCGCCUACAAAAACCCAUACAAAAUGUAGCGGAAUUGUCGUCGCAAGAAAAAAUAACAUACGGAACCCUCGAAGGGGGAUCAACCAUGUCAUUUUUUAGAGACUCCAAAAUACCAAUAUACCAAAAGAUGUGGAAGUUCAUGGAAAAACAUCAAUCGGUAUUUGUAUCUACUUACGACGAAGGCACGAAAAAAGUACUAGGGGGGAAUUAUGCAUUUUUAAUGGAAUCAACGAUGAUAGAUUAUGCUGUACAAAGAGACUGCAAUUUAACGCAAAUCAGCGGCCUCUUGGAUUCUAAAGGUUACGGAAUAGCAACGCCAAAAGGUUCAGAAUGGAGAGACAAACUAUCAUUAGCCGUACUAGAACUCCAAGAAAAAGGAGUCAUUCAAAUGUUAUAUGAUAAAUGGUGGAAAAAUGCAGCCGAUAUAUGUAUCAAAGAUGAAAAAGUAAAAGAAUUCAAACCUAAGCCUUUGGAUCUUAACGAUUUAGGUGGAGUGUUUGUAUUUGUUUUGUGUGGGCUAACUGUAGCUGUUAUCAUAGCAAUAUUAGAAUUCUGCUGGCAUUCCAAGAAAAAGUCAACAGAUCAACAACUUCCUGUUUGUACGGAGAUGGCAGAAGAACUAAGAUAUGCAAUACGGUGUGAUGGUACCAAACACAAAGCAACGUUAAAACGAACGUGUAAUGGCUGCUCGCCUAUCACUACAUACGUACCAGCUCCAAUGCAUAUAAAUCACGUUACCAGUCAAAUUGACAAUGUUCCUAUGAUUGAACUAACGAGGCCUUCAAUCAGCGUCGACCACGAAGACAAAUAA